AUGAGCCAAGCAUAAAUAAAUGGAUCCACAUACACGCCAUGCAAUCACCGACACCGCCACCACAACCACCACCGCCGCGAAUGUUGUUGCCACCACCGAUGGAGCACUACCGCUCCGAGAAUGCAACCGGAUCGCCUGCAUCUCUCCGUUGUCCUAUGCAAAGUGUUAAAAGAUGUUUCGCUAACAUGUUAAAAAUUAACAUUCAAUGUGAAUAAUUGAAUUGCAUUUACCGCUAAUUGCACACAAAUUGAGCAGAUGAAAUAAAAGCCUCAAAAACAAAACAAAACAUAACAAAAAACCCAGUAAAACAAAAAACUCUUUAAGCCAACUGCAAUGGUCACUUGCAAAGUGGACUCUCAAACUGUAGUAGCCGUGCCCAUUCCCAAAAUGAACUCCGUGCGAAGUCGCAAGCCAACCGGAGGAAGUAACAACAGUCUCAGCCUCAGUCAUAGCAACAAUAGCAACUCUUCCGGCUUCCGGCUCUUGGAUGGCGAUCAGCUUGAAAACAAUUCAAGUGUCAGUCGAAAUUCGAUAUACAAACUCAAGAUCGAUCUGAUGUUUGAUGAUUCCAGAUCGAUGCGGAGUAACCGCCUCGAUGAUCCGCGAGGAUCGCAUCGCACGCGCUCCAUCAUAAUGUAUGGGCGUAGUGAGUUGGCCAGCACCGCGGGCGACAACGGACGUUCGCUGAGCAGCUUUCUGCACGAGUCGAGCGAGUCUGCCAAGGUUCUGGCCGAGGCGGCUAAAAAUGACGUGGAGCGGAUAAGCAACAGUGUCCAGGCGCAAAUCGAGCAGCUCUUCACCGAUGUGGCCAAAGAUGCCACCAGUAGCUUCGAAGUUACAUGCCUAGGAUCGCUGCCACUUAAAGACAAAGUGACGAGUUUGCAGGGUUUGCAAGAGCCACUGCGACAACUCUAUCUAAGUGAACUACCCAAAAAGAAACUCUGCUCGGGAUCAUUGGAUAUUUGCGCCACAGGAUUGCGUGUGAAGAUGAGCACAAUUUUAGUGCCACACGCUCUGGGCUCCGAUGAGCCCGACGCCCAUAUAACACCUUUCCACAACAUUGCCGUGUGGUCGGCGGUGAAAUUCGUUAUUUCGGAAGAUGAUGGCGGAGCCGCCUUUCUGCCUUUGAUCACGGAUCCAGAUAAUAUAGACAAGACCGCACUGUUUCAGCCGCUAAGCACCAACGAACAAUUGUCUGUGGAGCACAACAUCCAUAUACAUGCUCCGAUCUUUGCAGUUGUCAUGCGUUCAGCCAGCUCGCCCAAGGUGCUGGAGUGCCACGGCUUCAUCUGCAAGAGCACCGAAGAUGCCAUUGUCAUAGCGGCGACUCUCUACCAGAGCCUGAUGGCCCAUGUCAGCACCAAUUCGCACCGCAGCACGAAACGGCGUACGCCGCGUCAGCAAAAUGGAGUUUCCUGCAUUAGCAUAGCAAGCAGUUCGGCCAUCACGGGCUCCAACUAUUUGUCCCGCUCGCAGUUGGCACACAGUGUGAGUGGGCGGCGCAGCUCCUUUCGGGACAGCGGCAGUGUUCAAGGAAUGGGUGCUGUCGGCACAUCAGCAUCUCGAUCUGUGCGAAAAAAGCGAGUGUCGAACAGUUCACUCAGUUCCAAUAGCAACGUGAUCAACGAGGCGGCCGAAGCCGAAGUGGACACCUCGACGGAAGAACGGAAGCGAAAGUCCCACAAGACUAGGCGGGCGCCUCCUGUUCCAACAACAAUUCCAGGUUCUGGCUAUAAAGGCAACGGCAACAUUGUGUGCAGCAAUGGGCAUGUGAAUCGCCUGCAACACUCGAAGAAGCCAACUGCUGGCCCUGCUUUGGGUGCCGGAGCCGUGGUGUCGGGGGGUGUGGCUGCAGGGGAAACGAAUGGAGAUAUACUUACUCGCGUUGCCAUACCCAGAUCUGGCAGCUUCCUUAAUGCAGGCGGGUUGACACGCUACAAAUCCAGAGCGGCACGUCGUCACUCCGGCAAACUGAGUGGCGGCGGCGGAGGAGGAGGUGGAGGGUUUGGUUUGGUUGAUUGGCGUCAUUUGAAUUGUGCUUCUAGUUCCCCACUUGGUUUCAGCGAGCUGUUCAAUGAAUUCCGAUUGCACGAGAACCUUCAUUCCCUUGACGACAUCCUUUAUGCCAUUAUCGAUGCCGACGGCAUGUCCUUCAACGAUCUAAAGCCCAUCUAUAAAGAGUUUCUGCUAAAGCUGGCCGUGACCCUCACUCAGGAUGAGUUGUUUCAACGUUCGAAGAAUAUUAUGAGGAGGCAAAAGAAAAAGCAAAAGCAUAAGACUAGUUUGAAUGGGUCCCAAAAGAAACCCAAGGGGUGUUUCUUUGGUGCCAAGAGCUUGAAGAAGGUCUUCCAACUUGGUCAGUUUCGUUCGUGCCGCGGUAAGAUGCCCAAGGCCAAGUCGUUGCGUUCAAAGGAGGCAGCUGCCAUUGGAGGACAGCAGCAACGACGCAAGAUCAGUCCUCCCAUACUAAUUGGUCCUCCCAUUAGUAGCCACAAUCUUGUCCAAGCUCAUGUCCAGCCUCUGCAGCAGCGUAAUCGGGCAGCAACAAGUGGAUCUGAUGUGUCCGUGGUGCGGAACGAGCACGCCCUUCAAGGACUCAAUCGAAACAGCAGUAGCGGAUAUGUGUCUUGCUCGGAGUGCAGCUACGACUCCGAGUCCUGCACUUGUGCCUCGGCCGAUCGCUGCUAUUGCAGCCUGCGCACCGAGCACUUGAACCACAAGUUGCGUCAAAAGAAUGAAAAGAAUAUGGCCAUGGCCAAUUCCCGGAAGCCAGCGCCCAAUGCUGUGGCAGCCAAUCGGCAUUCCUUGAUUUCCUGCCGGUCUGACGACAAAUGUUACUGUUCCAUGGUCGAGGAGGAGCCCAGCAUGCAAUCCGACACCACCACCUGGUGCGACUCCGACAGUUGUGUCAGUGCCAGCAAAUGCUAUUGCAAACGCACCCAACGACGUGCCCAAAGAGCUUCCCAGGCGCCGAUUAGCGAUGACUCCCUUUCACAACGCAAGUCGCGGUCUAGCGGUAAUAGGAAGGCUAAGUCUACCGAGAAACUGGGCUUGGACUAUGAGCUCUUCACCAUUGGCGGCAACAGUCAGCCAGUGCAACCCCAUGAGGCAUUGAGCGUUAAAAAGAGUGUGGAAGCAGCCGCCGUAUUUGCCGACAUGAAGUUGAGCCAGUCGACAGACAUCAAGAGCCUUUGUCCCCAGUCCGGACAGAACAAGGGUCAGAGCGAGAAGGCUUCGAUGAGGGCGGGCAAUGGCAGCUGUCGUUCCUAUGUUUCCUCGGCCAGGAAGUCCUCAUAUCGAGCGCGCGAGUCCUUUAGCACAGAUCGCGCUGGCACGGCCGCACCAGGAGCCGUCUCCCAGAAAUCUUGCAGUGCCGACGACCUGCUUUGUAGUAUCAAGGCCAUGGAGAAGGCGGCUUCGGUGCGAAGCAGUGUCAGUAGGAACCGAAUGGGAAGCUAUCAGUCUAUGCGGGCUGUAAGCGCGUCUUUGGAAGACUCGUUGGGGUAUUUGCCAUAGAUAAUUAUUCCAAUACUCGAUGUAUAUAUACGCAAACGUACGCGCUGAUUUAACCGAUCUGAAUAAUUAUACCACAUACGAAUAUAUUUUCCUAGGCAUAAUACUCCUAACUAUGAGCGGCUUAUGUUUCCCAAGAUAAUUAUCACAUACGUUAUCUUCGAAUGUCGUGUACUUAGUAAUUCUCUUGCGAAACGUAAUCACAGAUCAUAUCUUACAUGUAAUCAGUUUAAAUAUAUAUACACAUACAUACAUACAUAGUUGUAAGUACACCCGAUGUGACUUUAUUUCUAAGUCUAAUAUCCGUAACAAGGUGCAAUAUAAAGACCAUCAUACAUACAAUAGAUCUACCACUUCCAAACAG